CGCUCGCUACAGCUAAGCACUCUGUGCUACAAUUUUUCUGGUUGCAAAUUGGAAAAGAUCCCUGUCGUCAACGAGUUACGACGUAACGUCUGGGAGCAGAGCAGCUUACGUCAUCAAUAGGACGCGCGACUCGGCACGAUGCCCGUGCUCACUCUGUCCACUUGGAAUUUGAGCUCGGUCACUCUUGCCAGCAACAAGUCCCACUGCAACAAGCUACGGCGCAAGCGUCGUCCAGCGCCGCUGCCAUUGCCCUUUGAUAUGGCCACAGUCGCCAAUGGCAUUCAUGACGACAUAGACAUCGCCCCAUCAGUGUCAACACCAGUAACCGCGGCGAGUACCAUAGUCAGCAGUUCUCCAACUCUCCACGAAAAGGUCAUGUCAGAACCCCGCGAACGUGAUACGGACAAAGACGAUGCGCAGGCGCAGGUCAUUACAAGCCUCCGAGCACAGGUCACCGACCUCAUCAUUCAAGUUUCCCAGCUAAAUGGGAAACUCGUCAAAUCAUACGAUCGUGUCUCUGACCUCGAGGAUGAACUCCAUGUCGCUUCGUCUAGUGCACGUGCUGCUUCUCUCAAAAUAUCCAGCCUUGAAAUCGAGCGUGCUCAACAUCUUGCUGCCCUGAAUACCGGGCUUUAUGUUGAGAAAGCACACGUCACCUCUGAGCUUACCCGUCUCAUGGAACGUGCAACUGCGGAAGCUGCAGCUCGUGGCCAGGCAGAAUCCGCCCGACAAAAUAUCGAACAAGAACUCGAUGAUCUGAGUGCGAGUCUCUUUGACCAAGCGAAUACCAUGGUUGCGGAAGCACGCUUCGAACGCUCUAUGAGUGAGCGUAAGGUCACGGAGGCGGAGAUGGCACUCAAGAGCGCGGAAGAAGCCGUUGCUGUUAUGCAAUCCCAGAUGCAAACUCUGCGCGAAGAGAAGGACCGGACUUCUGACGAGAUAUCGAGACUCAGGACCCUUAUGGAAAAGGGAAAGUUCGUUGAGCGUACGCCAAUCCUCGCGGCGACGUCUGUCAAACUUCUUUCCUUGCAUGCUCCUUAUCAGGAGUUUGUGCAAUUCAUUAUCCAUUUACGGUCUAUUCGGCAUUCGACUGUAAACCCUCCGCAUAUAUCAACAUUGUUGCCGUUACCUUUCCUUGCACGGAUACAAACGGAGGAUUCAGACCCGACCGUUCGACUAGAUUUCGCGCCGUCGCUGAAUUGGCUUUCACGUCGCUCAGUGCUUUCCGCUAUCCACAGCGGGCAGCUCACCAUUGAACCUAUGUCCAUCAAUGGUCUUCUAACUGAGUCCACAUCGGGCAUACAAUCAAUGAUUGCUGGCUCUCAAUCCGGCAUCUCUUGUGCAUUGUGUGGGAUGCACAUCUUUCCGCCGAAGUCCGCUGACGGUGGAAUGCCACCCCCACCGACUCAUCCACUCUCCUUGACCCGAAACAGCUCUUCAAAUAUCUGGUCCUCAACGCUUUUCAAAAAUCCCUUGUCCAGUGCUGCUCCUUCCCCUCCAUUGACUCCGCCACGAGAUGCAUCUACUCCCUCCACCCCGACGCAUGCGAGUUCAAUGACAGUUUAUGUCUUCCGCCUGUCGCAAACGCAAACAGCUCAGCAUCCCCCCUCUAGCUAUGGCCAAUCUCAACACAGCCAGACACAGCGACCAACAAGUUAUCCGCUCUGUAAUUCCGGAUGGUGCUUGGCACGCCUUAGGACGACAUGUUCCCUGUGGGCAUUCAUCCGCGCUGGCGUUGUUGACCGCGUUUGGGAGGAAGAAUUAGCACACCAUGCGCCUCCGUCACUAUCUUCCGCUAGUGUUUAUUCUGUAAACAGCGUCGCCAACAAUUCCAGUACACCGACUUUGGCUGGACCCGCUCCACCGCAAAAGGAGGCUGCACCGCCUCUUCCUCCUCGUCGUCGAUCAAAGGUGACCAGUAGCGUGGGUGCGUUGUGGGGUAUGGCGAGCGGUGCUUUGCGAGGUUCUACUCCCAAUCAGAGCCAGCCUUCGUCGCCUGCUCAGGACAACAAGGAGAAGGAAGAGUCUGUUGAGAAUGUACUGAAGAACGUUACAGGACAGACAAGGCCAACGCCGGAACCCCUUAAGGUGACGGUCCCACCUCCUUUGCCACGUCGUAGUCUUGGGCGGCGAACGACAGGAAGCGAGGACACGAGCCAUGAAAAGGUUGGAGGAGACGCAGCCAAGAAGGAAGAAGAAAAUAAUGCUAAUUCGACCGAGGAGUCGAACAAAGAUUACUCUCUUACGCAAAAUGCAACGAAAUCUGAAACACCGCGCUCAAGGUCAACGAGUCCCGGCCCUAGACCGACGCUAGGCGCGAGUCAACUCGCUCAUGCAAAUAGUCAAGCUUCUUCGAUUCCGAGCAUGGCAGGCGAGGAGUUCAGCACGCCCGUCGAAGAGAUUGGUUUUUUACCUGCCUCUUUCUCGGCUGCAGCAGAAGCAAAGUCUGACACUGCGACAGACGUUCAUGCUCGCCCGUCGACACCGCAUUCACCCCGUCACUCACCGCGCUCGAAAGCGCGAAACUCCAUGUCACCUCCUCCACGUUCGCCUUCACCGCAUCCGAAACGCUUGAGUUCUCCGCCUCCACCGCGUUCACCUCGUUCAGUACCUCUUCCGGACUCUCGGCCCGGUACACCAGCAACGCCGAUUAGGACUCACGCAAGGCACAUGUCUGGAGGUGUGCCUAUCUCUCCGUUGAAUGUUCACGCGGAUGGAAGUAGACCACCUUCGCGAGCUGCAUCUCCCGCACCUCUUGGAGGAGCUCCUCCUGUCCCGCGAAGAGCAGCUGCACGUAGGGCAUGUCCGCCCCCGCCAAGUGGGCAGACUGUUCCUCCUUCCUCAUCCGGCUCAGCUGAUGAGAAGGAUGCUUCAGCAAGUGCUUCACCCGCCGAUGACCAAAAUAGAAAUGGACACAAAGAUACAGUCACUGAAGGUCCGAAGGUAGAGGAGUCAACCAAAACUAGAGUCAGCGUAGACGCUUCACGUCCUCCCAUCCCACCACGUCGCGCAGAUCAUACAUCACACGGAUCGGUUUCUGACUUUGGUGACAAGCAUGAUGAUGGGCGCAUGGAGGCUACACAAGAUCGCCCGCGUCGUGAAACGCCCGAGAAGAAGAACAUGGUCAAUGGGAAACAGGAGAAAAGAGCAAGUGAGGAAGAUCCAUCGAAGAAUUUUGUUGGUGAAGCAACUUGGGAGGAGCGUACGUGGAAGGAGAUUGUACGUCUGCGCGAGGACAUGUUUUGGGCUCGUAUUGGUGCGGUUCGCGAGUGAUUAUUUGUCUAUCUGUGACUGGUUUGUCCUGUUCACGUCUUGCAGUUUGCAAGCAGUUGUUUGUCACAACGUUUUCCAUGCUCACGUUCCCUAAAAUAUACCAUGCUUGCUUCACUUGUAGUGUUUCAGUUUGUCAACCGUUUGACCAUAGUUUGUAAUUUUUCUUUCUCUCAUUGCUCAUCCGAGCAUAUUAGCAUUAUCGACUGAAUCAUUCUUGCAUUUUUUCUCUGCGAUAGUAUACCCCUUCAAAUUUUUCUUAUUGUCUUCCUUCCCACCAACUUCUCUUAAUGCUUGUGUUUCGUACUGGACAUUUAGUUGCUGGAGACCUAGGAUACAAUUAUUCGCCACAUACAUCGGACUGCGCUACCUAAGCCCGUUUUUCGUUAUAUGAUACCUUCAAAUUUUCAGAAUUGGCGUCUUCCUGAUUUGUUAACGUUAUGAGACUUAUAUUAGUUUAA